CACAUGGCGUGGGAGGAUUAAAGUAAAGUAGGACGAAUAAAAAAGAAAAGUUGUUUUAAAAGGCUCUACAUCCAGAUGUUCUUACUCCUGAUGAGGGAUUAUGAAGCAAUCUAGCUUGUGUCAGGCGGAGCUGUUUUUUUCCUGUUUUUGGAUACUAAUGCCUCAUUCUAGCCCUUUCUAAACUCGUCAUUUGGAAAAAGGUUAUGCAGUUUGGGAACAUUUUAUUCCUUUAUAUUGGAGCAUAUUGAUGGAAUACAAUGUUGAUUUGCUGUUGAGGCAAAGUGCCAAUCCUUUUUCUAUACUGCUGGUUCUCAAAAUUAGAACCUAUAGUAUACUCACUGACUUUAGCUGAGGGAGAUGUGGCAGUACAAGUAAGAUGAUCUCUCUCACAGUGGACAUGCACCGACGAUGAAAAUUGUACUUUGUGUGUUGUAUUCCUGUUGUAGCACUUUUGUAUUGUCUAGUAUUGUUACAUUGUGUAACUGUUUGCGCUCUUGUGUAGCAUUGCGUAAACUAUAUAACUUUGUUCCAAUCCAGUCCAGAAACAGUUACCCAAAGUUCUCAAUGUCAGCAGUUGGGUAAAAUAUAGCUCGAAUAACCUUAAACAAAUGUAGAACAUAAACACACAGUUUACAAAAAGGCAGUAGAAUCACAAAAUAAAACCACACACUGCCAAGUCUCAGACAGGGUGUGAGAAUACUCUGGAGAACUUUUUUUUUUAGACGACAUUUAAAUAUAAGACUGGGAGACCGUUUUAGAGUUGGGUAGAUUGCAGAGCGCUGUGUAUUGUUCCACUACUUUGUUUUAUGUAGCCCUGCGGAGCACUAAUAUUGCGCUGUUUUGUGUUGCAUUGUGUAGUAAUGUAACUUAAAUGUGUUCUGUUAAGACUUGAAAAUAUCUUUGUAUAUUUUUUAAAGGUAACUAUAGUACGGCAAUGGGGAUUGACGAAAUGUGCACAUCUCCUGCCCUCCCUCUACUAUUGUAUCCUGUCACGUGCUUCAGAGCACGAAGACGGCUACGUAAUGUACGUCAGAAAUGCAUUGAAGGGUUCAGAAGUCCUGUGGCAAACGUGGUUUCUGUCAAAUCUACCGUGCAAAGUGUUCGUGUCUGACCGCAUAUCAAGCAAUGUAUCCCCUUGAAUGUUGCCGCAGACAACUUUCCCGAGGGCCGCCAUCUUCAAAUCAUGGAUGUGACCUUCAGCAGCAGAGGCGGUGCUCAAGUAACACGCAGCCCGUGUUUUUUUUUUUUUUUUGGUUCUGAUUAUUUUUACCUCCCGAAGCGAAACAUGUCACACAUGUUAUGCCACAAACUAAAUCAACAACAACAAGGCCACAUGAAAGAGAAAAAUGACGUGCGCGGCAGGCUUCGAAAGCAGCAUUGACUCAUCUCCCCGCCUCCUCUGCAACACUUCACUUUCAUCCAUCCAUUUUUUCAGCCAUUUAUCCUCACAAGGGUUGCUUGCGGGAGUGCUGGAGCCUUUCCCUGCUAACAUCGGGCAAGAGGCGGGGUAUACUCUGAACUGGUUGCCAGCCAAUCGCAGAACACGUGGAGACAGACAACAGUCGCACUCACAAUUUAGAGUGUCCAAUUAAUGUUGCAUGUUUUUGGGAUGUGGGAGGAAACUGGAGUGCCCGGAGGAAACCCAACCAUCCACGGGGAGAACAUGCAAACGCAACACCGGCAGGGCUGGGAUUGAACCCUGGACCUUAGAACUGUUCUCCGAGAUGAUUUCCGUCAAGCUCCGAGCGACGUGGUGGUGGCCGCCGGCGAGCCCGCCGUCCUGGAGUGCGUGCCCCCACGCGGGCACCCCGAACCCUUGGUGUCCUGGAAGCGCAACAACGUGAGGGUCAACACCAAAGACGAACGCAUCUCUGAGCGCGGGGGCAAACUGAUGAUCUCGCACACCAGGAAGGGCGACGCGGGCAUGUACGUGUGUGUGGGCACCAACAUGGUGGGGGAGCGCGACAGCGACCCCGCCGAGCUGGUGGUGUACGAGCGGCCCGUGCUGGUGCGGAGGCCAGUCAACCAGGUGGUCAUGGAGGACGACACUGUGGACUUCUUGUGCGAGGUCCACGGCGAUCCUCCUCCCACUGUGCGAUGGCGGCGAGAGGAUGGGGAACUCCCGCGAGGGAGAUUUGAGAUCCGCAAUGGCAACAGCCUGCGUUUAUUCCGCGUGAAAGAGCAGGACGAGGGGGCGUACACCUGCACGUCGGAAAACAGCGUGGGCAAGACGGAGGCCUCGGCCAUGCUGCAGGUGCACGUGCCACCUCAGAUCGCGUCGAAGCCACGGGACCAGAUCGCCUCCCAGGGGCGGAGCGUCUCUUUCCAGUGCGGCACCACGGGUAACCCCCCGCCUGCCAUCUUUUGGCAGAAAGAGGGCAGUCAGAUGUUGCUGUUUCCUGGCCAGCCGCCAUCACAGUCAGGGCGUUAUUCCGUGUCCAUGAGAGGGGAGCUGACCAUCACUGAUGUCCACCCGGAGGACUCGGGCUUCUACAUCUGUCAGGCUAUCAGCGUGGCAGGCAGCGUGCUAAGCAAGGCCUUGUUGGAGGUGGAGGGAGGACCUUCAGGUCGGAUCCCGCCAAUCAUUCGCCAAGGCCCGGCCAAUCACACGGUGUCUCGGGGCGACACAGCCCGCCUGCACUGCCGUGUCAUUGGGGGACCCUCGGUCAGGAUUUCAUGGGAGAAGGACGGAGACGCGAUUGAGGGGAACGAUGCUCGCCUAACCUUGGUGGAGAACGGCACGUUGGAAUUAAGAGACGUAGAGGAAGAAGACUCAGGCGUGUACACGUGCGUGGCCUCCAGCCCUACGGGGGAGUCUAGCUGGAGCGGGAUACUGACUGUCAGAGACGGCCCCGUUUCGUUCCCGUCCCGAGUUUCUGAGUUCAUCCAGCUGCCGGGACCCCCUCAGAAGCCCGUGGUGACCGACCUGAGCAGGAACAGCGUCACCCUCACCUGGCAGUCCAACCCGCACGAGGGCGGCGCCGCCGUCACUUCCUACAUCAUCGAGGCCUUUAGCCAAUCGGUGGGCAGCACGUGGCAGACAGUAGCAGACCACGUCAGACACGAGCGGCACACCGUGGUGGGGCUCUUCCCCAACACCGUUUACCUCUUCAUCGUCAGAGCGCUCAACUCUUACGGGCUGAGCGACCCCAGUCCCAUCUCGGAGCCUGUCAGGACGCAAGAUGGGAGUCCUCCAGAAACGGGUGAGGACCACAGACAGGUACAGCGAGGACUUGGCGAAGUAUCAGUCUACCUGUCGAAGCCCACUGUUCUGUCUCCCACCAGUGCCAAGAUUUCCUGGACCGUGGCGCGUCAUUCCCGCUAUGUUCAGGGUUACCGCGUGUUCUACCGCACCAUCGGCAGUUCCUGGCUGGUCCAGGAUGUGGAGGCGACGUCGGACCACAGUGCCAUCUUGGCCGAUUUGCUCAGCGAUACGGAAUACGAGGUGAAAAUACGGCCUUACUUCAAUGAGCUGCAGGGACACGACAGCCUCAUGGUGUUGCUGCGUACCCCAGAGGAAGUGUUGAGCGCUGCACCGCAGGCUGUGUCGGUGGUGCAGCUCACUAACAGCUCGAGUAUCAGCGUGUCCUGGGAGCCGCCGCCUCAUAGUGCUUACAGCGGCAUUAUUCGAGAGUACAAGGUGUGGUGUGUGAGCAGCAGCUUGGACGAGGACGAGCACAUCAACCGAACGGUGGACGGAGCCGUCGUGUCCAUCCUGCUCAACGGUCUGCUCCCCGACGUGUGCUACACCGUCACUGUGGCCGCCGUCACCGGCCUCGGCGUCGGUGCUCCCAGUUCGCCGGUCCGCCUCGUCCUCAGGCCUCAACUUGAACUCUCUGCUCAUCCCUCAGCUCCACUCGGGAGUUACACCUCCACACCAGUGAGGACAAGCGGGAGAGGCGACGUGAGCAUCUCGGAGCAGAUCACCGUGGUUGUGCGGCAGCCCGCCUUCAUCGCCGGGCUGGGCAUGGCAGCCUGGCUGGCUCUGAUGGGCCUCAGCGGUUGGUUCUACUGCCGCCACCGCCGCAGGAAGCAGUUGGGCCACUACACCACGUCCUUCGCAUACACGCCGGCAGUUGGCUUUGCUCAUGGUGAAGGAUCUGGAAUCAUCAAUGGAGGGCCGGGCAUGUUGGGGUCAAACACGGGCAACUUUCCCUGGCUAGCUGACUCGUGGCCCACUCCCAACCUAAUCCACAACUCCAAAGAUUCCAUCAACUGCUGCUCCGGCAAACUAGAGUCUGAGAAGUAUUAUAACGGCGUUGGUAUGGCCAGUUACCGCACGGAGAAGCACAACAUGGCGUCCAACGACAGUCCCAUCUACAGCACGAUCAACACGGCAGCCGAGGAGGACUUGCUGAGCUACUACGACACCUACUCCAGUGCGUCCUACAAGCAGGGGCCCGACCCAUACAGCAGCAGCCCAGCACUGUCCAACAGUGGUCUGGUGGCUCUAGACCAAGACCUGGACCAGUGGACCAUCCAGUCUGGACACUCAAGCUCUGAAUACGCCAAGCUGCACUACUCCAAGAAGAGCAACAGUGAGUUAAAUGCAGAGAAACUGGUCAAGCAGAGAUCCACCGGGUCGGUGUGCACGCCGACUCCACUCACAUGGGUGGACGUGCUGUCUCUUCCUCUUCCGGCCAACAAGGACGGACGUCGCUCAGAGGUGGACGGCGAGGAGCAGUCCAGCUCCGGGGUUGAAGACGACGACUGGUGUCCCCCCCUGCCCGCCAGAACCUACCUGACGGACGAGCCCCCCUCCGCCUUCCAGCCGUCCCACUCGGCCACGCCCUCCCCUCAGCGGGACGCGCUGAAGCCCGGUGACAGUCCUCGGCCGCAGCACGUGGACCUGCUGGUCCGUCAGCACUCCCAACUGUCCCAGUCCAACCCGGACCUGUUCAGCAAGACCGCAGAGGUGCACCACGGCCGCAGCCGCUGGACGGAAACCUUGAGGGGCGACGGACUCCACAUAGGACAAUUUCCCUCCGCGGUCUGCGAUUUGAGCCCCGCAGCUCUGGGGCAGAGAUGCAGGAACAAGAAAAAAGCCCCGAAGGAUGGAGCUCUCAGACGGGAGCCGCACAACCAAGCAGAGCUGCCCCCUCCUCCGGCCCCUCCGUCAGCCGACAAUUCCCUGCAGCCUUCCGCCGGCGUCAUGAGCCUCGCGAGCGACGAUCGCGUCUCCCCCCAGCGAAGAUCGGCUGCAAAAUGGUCGUCCCAGGAUGAGAAUGUAAUCCAGUACGGGUCGUCCAACCAGAUGCCAGUCUACGGUUCGCUUGGUGGCGUCUUUACCAGAACCCCAACUUCUUCUGGACACAUGAGGGUCCAGAACCUCAUGUGAGCCCACACAUCCUCCGUUUCCGUGAUCCAUCCAGUGAUUCUUACACAAAAGUGUAAAAAAAAAUACAAAAAACUGGCCAGACUCAAUCCAUGGGAUACUUUCACAAUUCCUACACCGUUUUAUCAAGCUGUAUUGUUAAGUCAAAUAAAGUGUACAUAUUAGCUUGCGCUAAUCAUUAUCCAUCAUUAAAGUGUGCACGUCUGCAAUACAAUGACAAGUGUGUGCAUGUGUGUGCAUAGACAGUAUUUCGUGUUUCCACUGACUGUGUGCCAAAAUCAAGAGGCCACAACUUGCAUUUGUAAUCCUCUGCUGGUAAUUCACCACACACACACACACACACACACACACACACACGCAGAUUUAGGCUUGACCGAUGCUUUCUGUCCAUUCAAGCAACACUAUCAAACUAUUAGGAUGCAACGGUGUCCGCAAAAGUCUCAAAGGGGAAUCAUACAACAGGCUAAUGUGAGCACAAGCUAUUUUCAUCACAAGUCAAUAAAACCACAAACAAAAGAAAACAAUACAUUUGGUUGUGAAAUAAAUGAUUAUUAUGUACUUUGUGGGCUUUUAAUGGAAACUGAACAUUUAUUUUGUCUGGAUAGCCGUUUUAAGUAAAUAUUACAUGUGUAUGCAAGAUUAAUUAUUUAGGGGGUUUAUCGAAGAUUUUUACUUUUUUACUAAUAUAUCAGUUUGUUAAUUUGAAAACAGUUUAACACAUUAAUUUAAAAUAUAAACUAUAAAUAAAUGUUACUAGUGUUUUUGUUAUUGGUGACAAUUUUGAACACGGAUUCACAUUUU